CAAAGGAGGCAAUAAAAGGGAAUGCGUCGCGUUGGUGCUGCCGGUUUUGACUCCUGCAGUCCUGCUAUACGCCUGCUACUCCCCUCCACCUUCCUCUCCCCUCCGGCGGCGGCGGCGGCCAAGAAACGCAAGGAGCGGCCCAUUUCCAAUCUGUAAGAUUGAUUCCUUACCAACUGUGUCGCCAUUCCUUCCCGUUCGUUGGGCCUGGGGGUUUCAACCUAGAAAUCAGUCCUUUUCCGCGCUAGUGAGAGUGGAUUUGGACGGCAGCCGCUGAAAAAUAGCGCCUUUUUCAGCCCCAAGAUGCCUUGAUUCCGCUUCUUUUCCACGCCACAGCUUUUGAAUCCACUGCCGUCAGCUCCUUUUCGCCGCACUAGUUGUUUCUCAGCCUGCCUGGAGGUGGAGGUGAGGGAAAGCCGCAACAUCACCGUUCAGUUGAUUCAGGAAAUCAGGCCGGGCCGAUGAGCAGGAGGAGUGGCGGCGCGCGGUUGCAAUGCGCGGAUACCAAGGAUUGGGGCUGCUGCUUCCUAGCCCUCCCGCCUGCAGCACCUGCCGCUGCCGGUGUGGAUGGCGAUGGCGGGUUCAACCUCUCAUGGACCCUCCACCAGUCCUUCCACCCGCCGGCCGGCCUCUUCGCCAGCGUGGGCCAGCAGGUGGGGGUUGGAUUCCCCGGGGCUUCCUCUACCGCACCGUCGCCGGAGACUCCAAGGGACCCGUACAUGAAGUACGUCUCGCCGGAGGUUGUUGAGACGCCUCUGCCGGGGGAAGGUGUGGGGUUGAGGGAUAAGGGGAAGAAGAAAGUCGUGAAGCUCAAGAUUAAGGUUGGGAAUCACCACCUCAAGAGGCUGAUUAGUGGGGCGAUCGCGGGGGCGGUGUCGAGGACUGCGGUCGCGCCUUUGGAGACGAUUAGGACGCAUUUGAUGGUUGGGAGCAAUGGGAAUUCGACGACGGAGGUGUUCCAGUCUAUCAUGAAACAUGAAGGAUGGACUGGGUUGUUCCGUGGUAACUUUGUGAAUGUUAUCCGGGUGGCCCCGAGUAAAGCAAUCGAGCUUUUUGCCUUUGAUACAGCUAAUAAAUUCUUGACCCCAAAACCUGGGGAGGAACGGAAGAUACCAAUUCCUCCUUCACUGGUGGCUGGGGCAUUUGCUGGUGUCAGCUCAACACUGUGUACAUACCCUCUGGAGUUGAUUAAGACAAGAUUAACUAUACAGAGAGGUGUGUAUGACAACUUCCUUGAUGCGUUUGUCAAAAUUGUCCGUGAAGAAGGGCCUACCGAGCUGUACAGAGGCUUGACUCCAAGCCUAAUUGGUGUUGUGCCAUAUGCUGCUACCAACUACUUCGCCUAUGAUACCCUGAAGAAGGUGUACAAGAAGGUGUUCAAGACGAACGAGAUCGGCAACGUCCCAACCCUGCUUAUCGGCUCCGCAGCAGGAGCUAUCUCAAGCUCUGCUACAUUCCCUCUCGAGGUUGCACGCAAGCACAUGCAAGUUGGAGCCGUUGGUGGCAGGAAGGUUUAUAAGAAUAUGCUUCAUGCUCUGCUGAGCAUUCUCGAGGAUGAAGGGGUUGGCGGCCUUUACAGAGGGUUGGGGCCGAGUUGCAUGAAGUUGGUGCCUGCUGCUGGCAUUUCGUUUAUGUGCUACGAGGCUUGCAAGAAGAUACUGAUCGAAGAAGAGGAUGAGUAAAGUGCGUUCAGAUGCAUGACCUCAUCGGAGCUCAGUUUUGCGACAAUCUGACACCGGCCGUUUUUAGGAUAUUUCUUUGAAUCAACUGGUGCUGGAACUGGAAGAAACUCACAGCUGAGGUUGCUGCUGCAAGAAGCGGAAACUCUCGACCCGUUUCUGUAUCUAAUUUGAUCAGAUGAGUUUACCUGUGUUCCCGGAUUUUCGUACACUUAAUGAGUAGAAAGCAUGUCUUUCUAAAACAAAUUGAAAUGCCAUUGGCAAUAAUAAUUCACAGGUGGAUAGAGCACUUGGCUGUAA